AAAAGACUGUAUAAAAUAGAAAAUCCUUCCCUUUCAAUUCUAUUAUACAUUCAGGAAUAAAAAAAACCGUCGAUUAUUUCUCCGAUCAAAGAGUUAUCGAAGACUAGAAAUGUUUAAGAACGUGAUUAUUGCCGUUUCGAUUACUAUUUUAAAAGAUUAAUCUAUUUGUAGUAAUUAAUUGUUAGUACAUUUUCAAAAAGAUUAUCUCGCUCCUUCCGCGAAAUGCUGCUGCGAAUUGCAUCGCCGGAUUUGCUAAAAAGGGGAAAAAGGUAGAAGAGAGAAAGUCGGAUGCGAGAGUGAAGCAUGAAGUCAAACGGAUGAAUAAAAAAUUUGCGAUGUAAGAGAGAGAGAGAGAGAGAGAGAGAGAGAGAGAGAGAGAGAGAGAGCGCAGGAGACGAAGCGACGAGAUACAGGAGUGACAAAAGGUAUAAAAAUACAAAAAAAGGGGAAAAUAAUAGAUAUAUAUGUGACUGUGAUUUUUGUGAAGAGAGACUCUCGUGUGCGAGGAGUCGACACUUUGCCCCGAGCGGGAGCACGGUCCUCGCGACCCUUCGCGAUCCCUUCGCCGAUCGCAGAGACGAAACUCUGGCGGACGAUCCUGAUCCUAGCAUAUCCUACGAUCGACGCUCUUCUCUUUCUCCUCUACCUCGACGACCUGAUCGAGCCUGAAACGCACACGUCGGGAUCGUGGCCAGAGGAGAAUCUCUGUUCUCGAGUACCGUGCUUCGUCAGGCUGGCUUCGCAACGAGUACCGAUGUUCUCGUCGCACGAACAAUCGGUCCUUUAUUCCCUUAGACUAGACAUUUCUUAACCAAACUCUCCGGUGUUUUUUUUUUACCAGGACCAUUCGAAAUCCUUUUAACAGAGCUUCGGAUGAUCCGUGAAACGAGAGAAGUCUAUAUGUUCCAAAACUUCGUAUGCCAAAGAUUUCUUAAAAGUGAUAGGAGAUUAACACGGGAGGUGUUAAUUCAAUGUGACAAAAAAAGCAAAUUAUCGGACUCCGACGUUGCUCUGUGAGAAGACCACCGUAGACCGUCGGAAAAUGUACGCGCGAAGCCCUGCGUUCUUUACAAUAGACUUUUCCGUGACGACGUUUUUCGCGACGAUCUCGAGGAAGCCGACAUAGCACGUCCUUGCGGAAGGUCCUCGAUGCGUGACGAGACGGGGAUCCCUCGUCGGCGUGCGAAGCCAGCCUGGGGGGGACUUAUAAUAGCACGACAAAGCGAUUUAUCUUGUCGACUAAUUAGUUGUUUAGCCUUUUCAUCGUCGAGACUCCUAGAGUGCGUGCGAUGCUUACUAGAGCGAACGUACGUGAUAUGAGCGUAUUUUACGUAGUAUAUUUAAAAAUCGUGUGCAUUACGCUGUAUCAGUGAUGAUGUGCGCUGUGAAGUAAGUAAGGAAGUUUAUCAGGGAUGCGUCGAUGAUGAUUGAUGGAGCGGAUCGGAGAGAGAAGAUGAUGGUGAUGAUGAUGAUAAUAAUGAUGCUGCAGAUGAUGUUGAUGUUGAUGUUGAUGUUGAGGAUGAUAAUAAUGAUGAGGAUGUUGAUGAUAAUGUGGUUGGCUCGUGAUUCGUCGUGAAUCGCGGCGUCACGUUCGAGAAGUGAGAACGGAUCGUCGAUGCAUGGAGAAACAGAAAGGCCAAGCAAAUAUGUAAAAGUAAAUAUAAAUUUUGUAUCGCGAGGCGGGCCGGAUCGCGCCGCCUGUGGGGCCUGCGGGAUCGAGGGGAAAUUUCCCGGGGAAAUGUCCAUUAUUAAUACCGACCUCUGUAACUAAUAUGCUCGUGUACUUUUGGGUUCAGAAAUUUUUAUGGGGUGUUUAGAAGGGAAUGCUAAGAGAGAGAGGGGAGGAUUGAGUAUACCAGGUAGACUGUGCUUUUCACCUUUCUCUCUUCGCGACUGCCUUCAAAAUCGUGAAUUCAAUCUGGUAUCUUUUAAUUUGAAAGAGACGUCUACAGAGUACGCUCUCUGGCGGGAUUUUUAAAACUUGGAUCGUUAAAGCGACUACCUUGCGUUAAAAGCGCUCGCAACAUUGCUGCUUUUCGAAGUUUUCAGGUGAUCCCGCGGGCUCGCGAGCGUCCUCGCGAUUCGCCUUCCGCCUGCGGUGUCCUUGUACGUACGAGACAAUAUUUUCGAUAAUAUUUUUUAACAAUCGAGUCGCGAAACACGAGCCCAACGCGUAGAUCUGUUGUUCGAUGCUUGAGAACGCGCGGCGGUGGCGGCGAGUGCAUCGCAGGGAAGUAGAGGCGAGCUAUUUUCGUUUUCCCUUGUUCACGGUGAUGUUGCCGAAAGAGAGUGUUCUAUCUGGGGAACCGAGUCGCUCUUUAAAUUGCAGAAACCGCGAUCGAAGUCCUUACGUCACAUCGCAAGCGAACGCCACCUCCGGGGAGAAUUAUCGAUACUGCAUUCCGUCAAUUAAUCACGUGUUCCAUAGCAAUCAAUUCUUACAUAUUACGACGAGUGAAAAUUCCAAUAGUGCAGUAGCAAUAAAGGAAAUCGCGGUCUGUCGGCGGGUUCGGACGUACGUUCGGUGGAUCUCCCUCGCUUUCGCAAAAUCGCCGCGAAAAUGCACCGGUAUCGUCUCGUUAAAAUCACCUCGCCGAGACUCCCUGCGAUCCGCAAAGCUUCCCCGGGGCGGGAUGCCGAGAGUGACGUCACCGCCGCGACGAGGUGGGCGAACUAAUUUAGAAAACAGGGGGAAAAAAAACAGAAAAAAUAAAACAAAAAAGCUACGUGCGUGGAUGAGACGUCUGGUGCGAUGCGCGAGAGAGUGCCGAGUGCUGCUGCCGAUCGGGUAAAAGCGAUCGGAUCGAGCUAAUUAUAAUUGACGCGUGAUGGGAAGAAAAUGUGUUUCUGGGCGACCUAUAUAUGCGUGGGUGAAGCGAGAGAUGAAAAUAAAAGGGGACGAUUCUGGAUGUGGACGUCCGCCUGUCGUCGUUGCUCCACCCUCUCCUCCAAGCGAUCUCCUGGCACUCGAUCCGCCGAUCUCUGUAGGAUAAGGCUCCUCCGUGCCGCGAUAAGUGCGCCGACAAAGGCGACGAGCAAAGAAAAGAAAAAAAAAAGAAUACAAAUCACGGCCUACUCUCGCGAUGCGAGGGGACAAUCCGAUCGCCGAUUUUCGAACGGCGUGACCCAGAUCGGACGUAAUCGUUAACGUUUGCUCAACUCGAUGCCCCCCCCCCCCCUUUUGCGUCUGCGAUCGGUGUCGAGCUAAGGGAAUAGCACCAAAUUCGUCCGCGCUUACGCGGGCAUCUGUCGUUUCCGACGAGCGAGUCGUUUUGAAAAGGGAAUAACGCUGUCUUCGAGAAAUGCGAUGUUACAGAAGAGAUCUCGUUUCGUAUAUUUCGAGGGAAAUUUACGAGUGAAGGUAAAAGCCGUCGGAUGUAGCGUGUAGCUUACGAUCGACCGGCCGCCACGUUAGCUGAAACGCUAUGUAUAACGACGCGAGGGCAUUUUUGUCGCGGAUAUUCCCGCGACGGCCCAGCAUGGCAAUCAACGUAUAUAGGAUAGUAAUUAGAGAUACUUGGAUCGCGUGAUCGGGAUAUCUUGAUAAAACGAAUGCGGAGCUAAAGUUUCGACGAAGACCCGCGUCAAUAUCUCAGACUGUACGGAGCAUUUACUCGGGAAUUCCAUUUAGCGUCGAGUAAAUCCGGAAAUUCUAGAGAGCCAAUCGAACGCAGAUAAUAACGUUUGUAGACUUUCACGCGGUUUAAAUUUAAGAUCGAGAACACGUCAUUUGGCCUAGUCAGUUUCCAAAUUGAUAAUACAUAGGACAGUUCAAAAUUAUCGUCUACUCCUAAAUGUUGGAUACGUGCCGGCUUUCGAGGGAUCUCUUUCGUCUAUAAAAGUACCAAAAUCCACUGUUUCUUAACAGUUGACGGGAAAAAAUGUAAGCUGCCGUAGCUGGCAACUGCGUGUGGUAGCUAAAUUUCAGUUGUAAGAUACGGACAGCUAAUAUUUAGUUGUGAUAGAAUAUUUUGCUACUGUGCCUGUGUAGGUGCGACAGCGGGUCGUUUUUGCUGUAGUUUAGAAAUUAUAGUUCUGGCGGCGAAUUAUCUUUAGCAAGCCAUGAUUAGCUGUGGCAGCGAGCAUUUUGUUUUCGACGAAUCAUUGACUUAACGACGUGUCCAACAAUCAGAGGAGUGGACGAUCCUGCAAUUGUGAUCUGAUUUUUCAAGAGUACCAGUUCCUUUUUCUCUCGCUUGCUCCUUUGAUCGCGAGUUCUGCUCCUGACGGUCGCGAGGAGCUAAUCGGAACCUGAAGUGGGAGAGGGUGCGGCAUGUCCACGCGGUGCAAGAAUUGAAUGCGCCGCGUUAUCGUUUUAUUCCUAUUCGGUUCGAGUCAGUCGUGUGGUGCUUGCGAGGAUUGUGUUUCCUGUGGUGAUUUAUAAUUGACAACGACAAUGUGACUUCGGCUACAUCGCUUAUGUGAGUGUCAGAGCGAUCGUGGAAUGAUUGGGGGACGAUUCUUCGGGAGAGAAGUGUGUCUAACGUAUAAUUGGUCACAUUAAUGAUCGCUCGAUUAUGUGGCCUCGCACACACGAGGCUAUUACGUUACAUGAAGAAAUACCGCGGCGCAAAUACCGUGACUCUUCGCCAAGAAACGCGAAGACCGUUUCCUCAGCGCUCGCGCACGUCCCCGAUGCACCGGGCUGCAUCGGUCCACGUUGCACCGCGCGCAGGAACAAUUCGAUAUUUGCAUAUCACUUAAGACAUUAAUGUGGCCGACUGUACCGAUGAGUGCAAGAGACAAGAUUAUACGAAUCGCCAAGCGACAGUGCCAUAUAAUAUCAAGUCAUUUCGACUGCUGUUUAUUCACCGAACUUCAUUUGCCUUUCUUCGGAUACGAAGCGAGCUUUGAAAACGCGGGAGAGAAGCGCUCGCGUGUAGUCCGGGAAUGCGAGAUCUCGAGAGACGAGAUUCAAUCGGCAGAAAUUGCGAAUUGCUUCCUACUUUUAUUUCAUGGUUUCCUUUUCUCUCAUGAAAAAAAAAACCUUGAUGGCCCGAAAAUAAAUUCCAUUUCAAAUCUAUAUGGACACGAUGAUGCCAUUAUUACCAUGCAGUCGUCGCUCAAAUGCAUCAAAUACAUCGAGCACAGACCCAAUACGUGUCACCGCCCUUUCUCGUUACACCUGUCGCGUCUUUUUUCACUUUUUGUCCGCGGGAGCAGCGUUUGGGAGGAAUUAAAAUUUUAUUUCUCGAUUUCAACACCAUUUCCGGCGUGCCCCGUAAGUAUAUAUCGUCGGCUCAGAUUAUUUAUGCUCUCACGCUCGCCAGACAAUCCAGUAUUAAUCCAAUUAAAUCGUGCGAGAACAACGGAAUUAAAACUUCGUGUCGCGUUGGAAUUUUGAAUGCGAAAAUCGCAUCUAUCCGGGGAUGGAGAGGCGAUCAGAUCGCUGCAGCGUGCGUUCGUAACAGCAUGUGCGUGUCAGCGUCAUUCUUAAUCUCUUCUAAGUACCUUUAAUUGAAUUAGAGGGCACACCCCGCGUCGCAGAUUAACUGCCCGUACCGUCGCAUUUCCGAUACGUUCUCUCGGAUGGUGCAAACGUACGCGUGCAGCUGAUCAAGCCGUCGGUGUUAUUAUUUACGAGAAAUCAUAAGUGCCGCGGUUUACGAACGUGACUUAAUAUUUGAAGUCGCAGCGCGGCGAAUCGCCGUCGGUGCUGAAAUCGUUGAGGUGCAUGGUGCACUUUUGUGAGUCGACGAGAAAGAGAGAAGUCACUCUUGCGCUUUUUUUACGGAGGGAGAGACGGGCGAGGGACGAUGCAACGCGCUUCGCAUCGGUCGAAUCACCCACGGAUGGAGGCUAAUGCACGUCACGUGACGCCUUUGUAAGGUAUCAUCGGGGCUUUCGGGUAACGUGGGACGAGGUCGAAGUUCACCGAAAUGGAGCGACAGGACGAUAGCGGCUCGACGCGGACCGAUAAUACCAGGGUCGCCAAGGAUGACGAUAUUUUCUGUAGUUAGAAGAGCGCCAUUUGGUCGCUGCUCUGCACGAAAUGCCUCGCAGGACGACUUCGAUCUCGACGAUCUUUUGCCGGUUGUUGGCGAGUUCGGUCGCUAUCAGAAGCAGCUGCUAUGGCUGGUCUGCUUGCCGGCGUGUCUGCCGUGCGGUUUUUGCGCCUUCAAUCAAUUGUUCAUGGCGGACACGCCGUCGCAUUGGUGCAAGGUGCCGGGUUUGGAGAACAUGGACGUCGCUCGCAGAAAACGCCUCGCCAUUCCCGCGAGCCAGGAUGACAACGAGACGUAUAGCCAGUGCACGCGAUAUGAUAUCGACUGGACGACGACGACGAUGGAGAACUAUUCCGUCGUGGCAACGUACUUGCCCGCGCCCAACGCGUCGUGGUCUGUCGUGCCCUGCGACCACGGCUGGGAAUACGAAACCUCGGAGACGACGUCGUCUAUUGUCAUCGAUUUUGAUCUCGUGUGCGAUCGCGCGAUCUAUCCAACGAUUGGUCUAGUGGCUCUUAAUGCAGGAGGUCCUAUAGGGGUAUAUUUGUUCGGUACAUUAAAUGACAGAAUCGGUCGGAGGUUAUCCUUCUUUACGUGUCUGGCGACGUUAAUAACCGGCGGCUUUCUGACAGCAAUCUCGAAUAAUUUCUGGACUUGGGCCUUCACGCGCUUUGUCGUUGGCUUGACAAUACCAGCGAUUUACCAAAUACCUUUUAUUAUAUCCUUGGAGCUGGUCGGCCCAAAUUACCGUUCGUUCGUGACAGUUAUGACUUGCACCUUCUAUACGUUGGGUCUUUGCAUGCUAGCAGGUGUCACUUAUUUGAUACGCGAUUGGCGAGCGCUCGUCAUAACCACGAGUGCGCCCUUUUUGAUAUACUUCUUUUACUGGUGGUUCUUACCGGAGUCACCGCGGUGGUUAUUAGCAAAAGGUCGCCUAAGCGAGGCUAAUGAUAUUCUCAUAACCCUGGCCCGCGUGAAUGGCAAAGAACUUCCGGCAUCAUUUACGCAGAAGCUCCGCCAGCGUAUGACGAUGUCGAGGUCGAAGAGCGAGGAGGAGAGAUUGCGAACUGGUCCCGGUGUGCUCUCGCUCUUCAAAUCGCCAAAUAUGCGCCUCAAGACGUGCCUUAUCACUUUGAACUGGUUCGCCAAUAAUAUGGUGUACGUCGGUCUUUCCUAUUACGGGCCGGCUCUGGGGAACGAAGAACAUUUGAGUUUUCUGUUUUCUUCCCUCGCCGAGAUCCCCAGUUACAUCGCUUGUUGGGUUGUAAUGGAUCGAUGGGGUCGCCGUUGGCCGCUUUGCUUGUGCAUGGUCGUGGCCGGGGUGUCGUGCAUCGCAACGGUGCUGUUAUCGCCCGAUGCUGUCAUGGAGACCUUGGUACUAUUUCUCAUAUCGAAGUCUGCGAUAUCGGCCUCAUUUCUAAUUAUUUACCCUUUCGCCGGGGAACUCUAUCCCACGCAAUUACGCGGAGUUGCCAUUGGUUUCUCAGCAUACAUCAGCGGCCUCGGACUCAUCAUCAUACCCUUCGUAACGUAUCUCGGGAGAGAAAAUCUUGUGUUGCCUUUAGUCAUCUUGGGCGUGAUCUCGGUAAUCGGUGGCUUGUCAGGACUGCGAUUACCGGAAACGUUGCAUCACCGUCUGCCACAGACAGUGGAGGAAGGAGAGUUAUUUGGCAAAGAUUGGACGUGCGCGGAUUGCAUCCGUUGCGUUCCAAUAAAACCAUCAUCGAUCACAACUUCCUACGAGGACUUGUCAACGCGUGAGACAGUAGAGAUGCAGGAAGUACCCAAAGUAAUGCUUGCUUCAUCCAUUUUGGAAGAGCAUCAACGGCCGAGCGCGGCAAGUGUUCGCCGUUUGGUUCGGCAAUCCAGCGUGAUGGACACUCAACGCGAUUCUGACGGUACUAUGAAGAUGACUUAUUGGUUCUAGCUCUGGUCAUUUUAAACCAAAUGCAAUUCUAGUCAAAAUAAAGCGGAAUGUUUCCUAUUUUCUUUCAAUUAAAUUAUAUAUUUUUUAAUAAUUUAAUUAAACGAUUAUAUUCUAUUUAUUUAUUGUUGAUCUGUAAAAGAGAUGAGAUAUAUACUGUAAGAAAAAGUAUCUAUAUACAUGAAUAAGAAAUAACUUAUUCUAUCGAGUAAGUACUAUUUUAAUAAAAAGCAUGACGUAUACUCUGACGAAUCGUA